UCUCUUAUUGUUCCAUAACGUCGCGUAUAUUCACGAGAAGGUCGCGAAAAUCUUCGCCGGCUAUAAUUUAAAGUUUUUCCAUUAACAUUUCUAUGAACAGAUUUUUUUUCAAUUUUGAGAUUAUUGUUAAAUACAUUACUACUCUUCUUGUGCUUGAAUCAGUAAUAUACGAUGCAUAAAGAUCUAUUUGUCCAUUAAACACUGAUACUAAACAAUAAAUAUGGAUACAGCGUUCAAGAAGCAGUUAAAAAUUGCUCGAGAAACGUGGGAGUUCGCAAACAAAGUGACCACUAUUUCACAAACUGAUAAGAUUUUUAAAUAUGAGAGCAAAGAACAACGAGAUAUUCUUGCAGCAAGACCCUGGGAGAAAGAUCCUCACUUCUUCAAGGAAAUCAAGAUCUCCGCUCUGGCCCUCCUGAAAAUGGUAAUGCAUGCGAGAUCAGGCGGAACACUGGAGGUGAUGGGUCUCCUUCUUGGAAAGGUAACAACCAACACAAUGUUCAUCAUGGAGGCGUUUGCUCUACCUGUCGAGGGUACUGAGACUCGUGUCAAUGCCCAAGCUCAGGCGUAUGAGUACAUGACAGAGUACGUUGAGGCUGCCAAACAAGUGGGCAGGCGGGAGCACGUCAUUGGUUGGUACCACAGUCAUCCUGGUUAUGGUUGUUGGCUCUCAGGUAUCGACGUUUCCACUCAAAUGCUCAAUCAGAAUUUCCAAGAGCCCUUCGUCGCCAUUGUCAUCGAUCCUGUGAGGACAAUAUCCGCUGGGAAGGUGUGCCUAGGGGCUUUCAGGACUUAUCCAAAGGGUUACAAGCCAGCUAAUGAAGAGCCCUCAGAGUAUCAAACGAUCCCCCUCAGCAAAAUAGAAGACUUCGGUAGUCACUGUAGCCAGUACUACUCCCUGGACGUUUCCUAUUUCAAAUCAUCGCUGGACAAACGACUCCUAUGCUCACUCUGGAACAAAUACUGGAUGAAUACCUUGAGCCGAUCUAGUCUUUCAACGAACGCAGAUUACAUCACGGGUCAGAUAUGCGAUUUGUCCGACAAAUUAGAGCAGUCAGAGGUUGUCGUGGCUCGAGGAAAUCAUGGAUUCAUGGUCAUAAACGAACCUCGAGACCAUCCCACGGAAGAUAAACUUAUCAAAGUAACUAAAGACAGCUGUAAAACCACGAUCGAAGUCAUCCAUGGAUUUAUGGAGCAAGUUAUCAAGGACAGAUUAUUCAAUCAAGUGGAUACAACCAAAAUGCAAUUAUAACACAGUUACUCGCGGCGUAGAUUAAUUAAAUUCGAUGAAUUAUCUUGAGAACGAGGAAGUUUAGAAUUAAACCUUAAAGGCUUAUUUACUAGUCAAUCAUUCUUGAGUGGUUUACACAAAAUAGAAAGCGACACGGGUCAGUGAUAGCACAAGGUGGAUUCAUGGAAAUAGUCGAUUAUUUCCUAGCCGUAAGCGAUGAUUUAAUUAGCGACUGUGUGAUAAUUGAUUAGUGGACACAUGAAGUAUAUUCCGGAGUAAAAUAAAUGUAAAAAACAAAUAUCAAUGCCGGGACGCGGCGACACUAGUACAACAUAAUCUAAAUGAAUUACGGUAUUACCUAAACUCAUUAAUAAUUUUUAAUAUUGCUUAAGUAAUGAAAAACUCAAUAAAUUUGUGGAAUAAAAA